CGGCGGCGGAGGGAGCAGCCAGGUGGCGGCUCCCGCCCCGCCGCUCCGCGCCAUGGGCUGCCUCGGCGGGCAGGGGCAGGAGGAGAGCGGGGCCGCCGCGGCGCCGCUCUACCGGUGCGCGUAGGGCAGCCCCCCCCCCCCCCCCCCCGCUCGGUGCAUCCCUCUCCUCCCGCCCCGCAACUUUCCGGUACCUGUUGCUGCCCCGCGCCCCGCCGGGCUCCCCCGCGGCGGCCGCCUCGCCCCCCGGGAUGCCGAGCGCCCGGCCGGCCCGCGGGCUGCUGCGGCGGCGGCGGGGCGCGCCGUGAUGGGCGGCCGGGAGCGGGAGCGGGACGGCGGCUGUGGCUCUGCCCGCGGCCGGCAGCUCUCGGCCGGCGCCUUCGGCAGCGCGGGGCGCCCAUGCUCUGCUCCGCCUCGGCUCUCCGGGCACCCGCGCCGCUUCGCUGAUGCCUUUCUCGGGCGAAGAGCGGAGCCUGCAGGGGAUCUACAAGCCGGCGGGGCCGGCGGAAGGCAGGGCGGCCGGCGGGGCCGUCUGCACCGAGUGCUACACCAACCGCUCCUUCGUCUACGACGAUGGCAGCGCCCACAGGCUCUCGUCGCCCGGCGGCUGCGGCGGCGGGGACGGCGGCGGGAGCCGCAAGAGCGGGGUCAUUCUGGACAUCGCCGCCCUGAAGAUGACGGAGCUGGAGUCCGAGGUGCUGCCCCUGCCGCCCCGGUACCGCUUCCGCGAUCUGCUGCUGGGGGACCAGUCCUUCCAGAGCGACGACAGGGUGCAGGUCGAGUUCUACGUGAAUGAAAACACCUUCAAGGAGCGACUGAAGCUCUUCUUCAUCAAAAACCAGCGAUCGAGCCUGAGGAUUCGCCUCUUCAACUUCUCGCUGAAGCUGCUCACCUGCCUCCUGUACAUCGUCCGCGUCCUGCUCGACAACCCGGAGGAGGGCAUAGGCUGCUGGGAAUGCGAAAAGCAGAAUUACACGGCGUUCAACCAGUCCACGAAGAUAAACUGGUCACACAUCUUCUGGGUGGAUAGAAAAAUGCCGCUGUGGGCUGUGCAGGUCAGCAUAGCCUUAAUCAGCUUCCUGGAGACCAUGCUGCUCAUCUAUCUCAGCUACAAGGGGAACAUCUGGGAACAGAUUUUUCGCAUUUCAUUCAUCCUUGAGAUGAUUAACACGGUGCCGUUUAUUAUCACAAUAUUCUGGCCUCCUUUGCGGAAUUUGUUCAUUCCCGUGUUUCUGAACUGCUGGCUUGCCAAGUACGCCCUGGAGAACAUGAUCAACGACCUGCACCGAGCCAUACAAAGGACACAGUCUGCGAUGUUUAACCAGGUGCUCAUUCUGAUCUGCACCCUCCUGUGUCUCGUUUUCACGGGGACCUGUGGCAUCCAGCAUUUAGAAAGAGCAGGUGAGAAGCUCUCCCUCUUCAAGUCCUUCUAUUUCUGCAUCGUCACCUUUUCCACCGUGGGCUACGGAGACGUGACACCAAAGAUCUGGCCUUCCCAGCUCCUCGUCGUGAUAAUGAUUUGCGUCGCCCUGGUCGUGCUGCCGCUCCAGUUCGAGGAGCUCGUCUACCUGUGGAUGGAGCGGCAGAAGUCAGGAGGCAAUUACAGCCGUCACCGUGCCCAGACAGAGAAACACGUCGUCCUUUGUGUCAGCUCCCUCAAGAUUGAUCUCCUCAUGGACUUCCUCAACGAGUUUUACGCCCACCCGCGCCUGCAGGAUUACUACGUGGUGAUACUUUGCCCAACAGAGAUGGAUAUCCAGGUGCGACGGGUCCUGCAGAUCCCUCUGUGGUCGCAGCGUGUGAUCUACCUCCAGGGCUCUGCGCUGAAGGACCAGGACCUCAUGAGAGCCAAGAUGGACAACGGAGAAGCCUGCUUCAUCCUCAGCAGCCGAAACGAGGUGGACCGCACCGCUGCAGACCACCAGACCAUCCUGAGAGCCUGGGCUGUGAAAGAUUUUGCUCCCAACUGUCCUCUCUACGUUCAGAUCUUAAAGCCUGAAAACAAGUUUCACGUCAAGUUUGCCGAUCACGUCGUCUGUGAAGAGGAGUGCAAAUACGCCAUGCUGGCGCUGAACUGUGUCUGCCCGGCCACCUCCACCCUCAUCACGCUGCUGGUGCACACCUCCCGCGGCCAGGAGGGCCAGGAGUCCCCGGAGCAGUGGCAGCGGAUGUACGGGCGCUGCUCGGGCAACGAGGUCUACCACAUCCGGAUGGGCGACAGCAAGUUCUUCAUGGAGUACGAGGGGAAGAGCUUCACCUACGCUGCCUUCCACGCGCACAAGAAGUACGGCGUCUGCCUGAUCGGCAUCCGGAGGGAGGAGAACAAGAGCAUCCUGCUGAACCCCGGCCCGCGGCACAUCAUGGCCGCGUCCGACACCUGCUUCUACAUCAACAUCACCAAGGAGGAGAACUCCGCCUUCAUCUUCAAGCAGGAGGAGAAGCAGAAGAAGAAGGGCUUCGCAGGGAGAGGCACCUACGACGGCCCAUCCCGCCUGCCUGUGCACAGCAUCAUCGCCAGCAUGGGUACAGUAGCCAUGGACCUGCAAAACACGGAGUGCCGCCCCGCUAACAGCAGCAAGCUGGCACUGCCGGCCGAGAACGGCUCGGGCAACCGCCGGCCCAGUAUCGCACCCGUCCUCGAGCUGGCCGACACCUCGUCCCUGCUGCCCUGCGACCUGCUCAGCGACCAGUCGGAGGACGAGAUGACACAGUCGGACGAGGAGGGGUCGGCAGUUGUGGAGUACGUGAAGGGCUACCCACCGAACUCCCCCUACAUUGGGAGCUCCCCGACUCUGUGCCACCUUUUACCCGAGAAAGCCCCUUUCUGCUGCCUGAGGCUGGACAAGGGCUGCAAGCACAACAGCUUCGAAGAUGCCAAAGCCUACGGGUUUAAGAACAAACUGAUUAUCGUUUCGGCGGAGACGGCUGGAAACGGACUGUACAACUUCAUUGUCCCCCUUCGUGCGUACUAUCGGUCCCGCAAAGAGUUGAACCCAAUUGUGUUGCUGCUGGACAACAAGCCCGAGCACCACUUUCUGGAAGCCAUCUGUUGUUUCCCCAUGGUUUACUACAUGGAGGGCACGAUCGACAACCUGGACAGCUUGCUGCAGUGUGGCAUCAUCUACGCUGACAACCUGGUGGUUGUGGACAAGGAGAGCACGAUGAGCGCCGAGGAGGACUACAUGGCGGAUGCAAAGACGAUUGUCAACGUCCAGACCAUGUUCAGGCUCUUCCCCAGCCUCAGCAUUAUCACAGAGCUGACCCACCCCUCCAACAUGAGGUUCAUGCAGUUCAGAGCAAAGGACAGUUACUCUCUUGCCCUUUCCAAGCUAGAAAAGAAAGAGCGAGAGAACGGCUCCAACCUGGCCUUCAUGUUCCGGCUGCCCUUCGCGGCCGGGAGGGUCUUCAGCAUCAGCAUGCUGGACACGCUGCUCUACCAGUCGUUCGUGAAGGACUACAUGAUCACCAUCACUCGGUUGCUGCUGGGUCUCGACACCACGCCGGGCUCUGGUUACCUCUGUGCGAUGAAGAUCACUGAAGACGACCUGUGGAUCCGGACGUACGGCCGCCUCUUCCAGAAGCUCUGCUCCUCCAGUGCGGAGAUUCCCAUCGGGAUUUACAGGACUGAGUCGCACAUGUUCGCAACCUCCGAGCCCCACGACAUCAGAGCGCAGUCACAGAUCUCAAUCAACGUCGAGGACUGCGAGGACACGAAGGACGUCAAGGAGCACUGGGGCAUCAAGACCAGCCACCACAGGAACUCGUGCUCCAGCGACCAGUCCGAGCACCCGCUGCUGCGGCGCAAGAGCAUGCAGUGGGCACGCCGGCUGAGCAGGAAGGGCAACAAGCACUCCAGCAAGACGGCCGAGUGGAUCAGCCAGCAGCGCCUCAGCUUGUACCGGCGCUCUGAGAGGCAGGAGCUUUCCGAGCUCGUCAAAAACCGUAUGAAGCACCUGGGCUUGCCCACGACCGGGUACGAGGAUGUAGCAAAUUUAACAGCCAGUGAUGUGAUGAAUCGGGUAAACCUGGGAUAUUUGCAAGAUGAGAUGAACGACCACCAGAACACCUUGUCCUACGUCCUGAUCAAUCCCCCCCCGGACACGCGGCUGGAGCUCAACGACAUCGUGUACCUGAUCCGCUCCGACCCGCUGGCCCACGUGGCCAACGAUGGCCACAGCCGCAAGAGCAGCUGCAGCAACAAGCUGGGCCCCUGCAACCCCGAAACACGCGACGAGACCCAGCUGUGAGCACCCCACCCCCCCCCACCCCCCAACUCCCGCGCCCCACACCCCUGCCCGGGCCGGCGGCUCCGGGGAGAGGCAGCGAAGAAAAGGACGGCCAGCCAGAGGGGAAGGCUGCUGCCGCUGCCCGCGGGUGCCCGGCGCCCCAGGGGAAGGCGAUGCCCAGCCUGGCUUCACGCCGCGAUGCCCGGAGCCCCGGGAGGGAUGGGGCAGCUGGACAGCCCGACAGCCGGCGGGCGCACGCCCCGUGGCUUUUAACUUUUUAUACGAAUACCGCAACUAGUGAGAAAGUCUUCGCUGGUGCUGGUGGGACGUGGCUGAGACCCAGAUGACAACUGACCCUGUGUGAGCAGGACCGUGUUUAAAAUUGUCCCCAGAUGAUGCAGGUCAUUUGCAUUUGAUGGGGCUUGUCAAUACAAGAGCAAAACUGCACCAAAACCCUCCUCCUCCUCCUCCUCCUCCUCCUCCUCCGCCAGGUAUCCCUCGGGGUACCCAAACUUCUGCUCUUUCACCCAACUCAUGUUCUUCAUCCUCUGUUGCUUUUCUGUUCCGGGCAUCGAUGUGAGGAGCGCUCGGUGCCGCGUGGGCGGCAGGGGAGGACUCGCCGGUGGCGGUGGGAUGGACAGGACGGGGUGGGACGGGGCGAUGCGGCGCUCCCCGGUGCCAUGGCACCUGCUGCCUCCAGCGUGUCGCGGCAUCUCACAAACCAAAACGCACCGACGCCAGGCGACCGAAGCCAUGCCAUCCCCGCGGCAAUGCCUGUCGUCACACGUGGAGUCACAGAACACGCCCAGCCCCGGCGGUGGGCACGGUGUCCUUGGCUUUGCACCCCCCCCGGGUGAGCUUGCCCCCCCCAUCGCUGCUGCUGCCGGAGCUGCCCGGGGGGAUGAGGGACUCGGGGGUCCCUGUACGGGGCAGGGUGCCUGGGGACACGCACCCUUGGGUGCUGUGGGUCACGUCUCCGCUCAGCCCCUUCCCCUCCUUCCAGGGCCAGUUUGGGGCCUGACACCCCCCCGGCUGUGCAGCCCGGACACGACUCCCCCCACCCCAUUCCCCUCUCCUGGGUCACGGAGCGGUGACACCGUUGGCCCCCCCGUGCCCGCCACGGCCACCCUGGCAGCUCUGCCCGGCCUCGCUCGACUUCGUAACCCCACAAACCCACGCGUCCGCCUGCAGCAGAGGUGCAUGAAUGUACAGAACGGCGUUAAACCAUACCAUAGCACACGCUGGCCAACUGCUUUCGGUCUGCAUCGGCCGACCCAUAGAGACCUUUCGAUAGCAGAAACACGAGAUGUAUUUUCCAUAUAUUUUUGCACACUUUACAACAUUGAUGUGUAAAGGUUUUAUUUGACUGCCAAGUGAAUAACUGAGUUGUUAACUUUAUAUACUUUUACAUUCAUAUAUUAAAACUUCAAUGUGAUUUUUUUUUUUUUUUUUUUUUUUAAAACGAGAAGCCUGUAAAGCACAACGUUGCCAUGAAAUCCCAUCAGCCAUCCCGGACUCGCUGCCAGCUGAACGGUUUAUUGCCAUUAACAUUCGCCGUUCGUUCCCUAUGACACCCCCAAUAAAAGUUGUUUACAAAAAAAAAAAACACCCAACCAACCAAACCUAUUUAAAAUUGCAGUUUUAAACAGUUGGGGAGACGUCCCGGGGCAGCCCCAGCCCGCAGGGAAAGCAGUGCCGGGCGAGAAACACGCGUGUGAGUAAUGAGGGUGCCUGGGGAAGGGGUAGGACCCACACCGAGACUGGUGUCACCUCGAGAAGGUGUUGAGAAAGACCUUCUGUGCCUGGAUGGGCUUUUUUUUGUUAUUUUUUCCCGAUGCGCUGGCCAGGAGGCCCCGGGUGACCUGCCCCAGGCGGGGGCUGGGAGAGGAGCCGCAGGUAAAAGCCCAGUCCCCAGCCUGAGCCUUCCGCUCGGCACAAAGAGAACAGUCUCUGAUGCUUUUUGGGGUUGUUUGUGGCGGUUUUUUUAAUUAUUAAUUUUUCAUCUAUUUGGUUAAGGCAGAUACAUGUUUUAUUUAUUUCCAUUUGUAACUUCACGUGCCAAAAAUAUGAUUUAAAGGAAUAAAAGAAGGAAGUUUUUGCAGCUAAACAGUGAGCGCAGUUGAAGGACAAAAGCACGUGCCGGGUCUGUGUCAAUUUAAAGCCUCAAGAUACUCAGAUCUAAUUCCAGAAAUGCCUCUUCAGGUGUGCAUAGAUUUAAUUGUCUGGAUUUCAGACAGAUGCUUUUCCAACCCCCACUUAGCUGUCGAGGGAGAGUGGAACCAAGCCGUGGUACAGGCUAAACCAAAAGAAACCCAAACCCAGGUAGCAUGCGUGAUGUGAUUAUCUGAUUAUCCGCAUGUGUUUAUUUGGAAUGUAGCAGGGUUUAAUUUUAUUUUUUUUAUUUGACUGGCUGUUGGGGCAAGGGACCCGGUAAGCAGAGCGUUUGCGAGGGCAGAGCAGCGAGCACAGCUGCCGUAGUGCCGCGUUGGUCCACGCUCCGAGCACCGCAGCCCCGAGCAUCCCCGUCAGCCCCACGCCGCAGAGAGCCAAGGGGCUUCGUGCCAGAGACCCCGGCUGCAAAGACAUCGGGUCUGAGCCGGAGCCCAGCUCUCCGUCCCUCUCCUUCCUCUCUAAAUUCUUAUUGACCCUUAAUUCAAGGCGAUAAUUAACCUAAGACAAACCCCACAUACCCAAAGAAGCAGAGCCUAUAUAUGGUUUGUGAUACUAUUAAGAAACCACCUCGAUAUUACUGUAUUUUGACAACGCUUCUGUUUGUUUCAUGUAUAAAUAUGUGUAUUUAAAAAGAAAGCUAUGUGUAUAAACCAUACGCAUUUUGCAUACGUUCUUUCUAUGGUGUAAAUUUAUAGCAGACAUUCUAAUGGGAUGUCGAAAUAAAUACUGUAGAUACUUACCUGUGGUCAAUGCAAGUCUAAGAACAAACGUUUAAUUUUUCUAAUUCUUUAGACUCGGUUAAAAUACUAAUGUAAAAACAAAAGUAUUUUAUUUUUCUAAUGGUCCUGGAAACGUUGAUGCAUCCAAGAGUUGUUUCUGCUUAUAGAAGGGCUGUCUUCGAGGGGUGCACAAGGGAGGACUUUCCCCGGAGCAGCCCGGGAUGGGGGCGGCCGGUACAACCCCCCACCCUGCCCUUUCCCUGGGGAGAGGGAAACGAUUGCAUCCAACCGCUGACAAUAAACUGAGAAAAAUAAGAUUUUUCUGAAGGGAACGGUUGCGUUUCAGUGCGGAGACAUGACAGCCCUGGGGGAACGCAGAAAUGAGGAUGGCUGCUGUAGUUUCAGGUUUACCAGCAAACGGCUCCAGCACGUUAUGUGUCCACUAACUGUUUCAUACGCUAAAUAUGGGCUAAAUCCGUAUAUCAUGCAUUAAAGAAAUCAAAUAUCCAAACAAAUGUUAGAGUAUAUUUAUUUCCUGUUAUACCACUUUUUACUUCAAUCUGUAUGGAACAUGACAUUUUUAUUUCCCUGAGCGAGAGACCUGUCAUCUCUCACGCUCAGCUCCUGCAUGAUUUUUACCAGCGACGGCAGAUAAAACUCCCACCUUCCCUCGCCGAGACGGAAUCUUGUGACAUGCUCUGCUGGGACGCACUGCAGCCAGCCCCCGGGAGACGGUUUUGUACAAUUAUUGUGAAGAUGCUUCACAUUUCUGUAAAGACAAACAAAAAUAAAAGAGCUGCAUGCAGCAAC